AUGAAUUACAAAACUAUUUUUCUGUGUUCGUUAAUGGGAGUCCUUUUGAUAAAGGAAGCGAAUUGUUUGCAUAAGAGAUGCAUUAGAUGCAGGUCAAGAGGAGAGCUGGGGUCAUGCGGGGAUCCAUUCCCUUUCAAUGUCACAGAACCAGAAGUUGAGAUGGGUAUACAUGUGGUAGCAUGCCCAUCAGGUUGGUGUGGCAAGUCGUUUGAGGGCAACAUUGGAGCUUUUAAAAAUGACGAUUAUGGCGCAGCAACGGAAAGAAUGUGUCUCCAGCGACCGCCUAGUGAUUAUGAAGAAAGGUGUGCUUAUACCAUGUGGGGCCACAGAAAAGUUUAUAUGUGUUUCUGCAACGGCGAUCUUUGUAAUUCUGCAUUUAAGUUUUCAACAAUCCCUUCAACAAUACUAAUAACCAUUUUAGUUGUUGUUUACAACUUUUAUCAUUCCUAA